AUGGCGCCAGAGUCAGCGGGGACAUCAACUCCACGGCCUUGUCCCGUGAUCAUCAAGGCCUCAUCUGCUCCGUCUGAUCCCCGGCUCAGCGCUGCACUUGUGAACACCACGCGGCGAAAUGCACGGUCACUUACUGUGUCCUCUGUAAAAACCCACGCUGGCUUAGAAAAACGCUGCUCCCAGCGUGUCCGGACUCCAGCGGAAAAGCGAAAUCAAUCAACAGAAAGGAUUAGAAUAAAAUAA